UAAACUCAGAGCACCAAUUCAUAAAUAACAACAUUGUCAAUGUGAUUUUUAGUUGAAUAGUAACGGAAUGGCCACGAAUUUAGAAGUUAUUGUCGGUACAUAUGAGCAAUUUUUGCUCGGUUAUAAAGUUGAACAGGAUGGCGAUGAUAAAUAUUCGAUGCAUCAGUCCUUCGCUGUGCAUGCACACAUUGCCUCAAUCCGAACGGUUCACGCGAAAGGGAAAUAUUUAGCAUCAGGCGGUGCUGAUGAUCGAGUCUAUGUGUAUGAUAUGAAGAAACGGCAGGAGAUUCAGUUACUCACAACACACAAUGCCAUGAUCAACCACAUUCGUUUUACACCAGAUGCAACCCAUUUGUUCACAGCAAGUUCUGAUGGUUCGCUGGCAGCAACACGAACCGGCUCAUGGAUUUCGGAGGGAAAAUGGAAGGCACCGCACAAUGGCAAAGCGAUUACCCAAAUUUCGAUUCAUCCCAGCGGAAAGCUAGCGUUGACCUUAGGCGCUGAUUUAACACUGAAAACGUGGAAUUUAGUUAAAGGGAGACAAAUUUUCACAACGAAUCUAAAGAGCAAAUCAAAAUUGGGAUACAAUAUUGAGUUCGUUGAAUUUGGCCCAUCCGGUGAUAACUUCGUAUUAUCUGGCGCACAAGCGGUCGAAGUGUGGAGUAUCGAAAAAGCGGGUGUUAUCAAAACAAUUCCAUGUGAAUCGAAACCAACAUCAUUGUGUUGGCUGGACGAAAACAACCUUUUGAUAGGAUUGAACGAUGGCAAAUUAGUUUGGGAUCAUUUGGAGAAAGAUGAGCCCGUUACAUUUCAAAUGUAUGAAAAUCGUGUGAAAGGACUUCAUUACCAAAAUGAUCAUCUUGCCUCCAUUUCAAGCAACGGUGACAUCACCGUGUGGACAGUGAAUAUUGACGAGCAAAAGAUUACCGAACUCUGUACAACGAACAUUGGAUGCCGACCAAUUUGUUUGACCAUAAUAAAUCUGGAAGAUUUCGCUGAUGAGUAUGUUUUAAAGAGAGAAAGUUCAGACGAUGAGACGGUUGAAGGAACCAUUGCUCGCAAAAAUAAUGUUAAUUCAUCAAAAAAAGUGGGCAAAGUUGUAAUAGAAAAAGAGGAUGAUGAUGAUGAUGAUGGCAGGAAUAAGUACGAAACGCCAGCAAAGCGACAGAAGUCGAAAGAUAAAACACCGAAAAAUACACCACAGAAUACACCGAAAAAUAAGCCCAAGACACCAAAAGGUAAAACUCCAAAUGGAAAAACUCCCAAUGCUAAACCAGCCAAGCCUAGCCAAGUCGUCGAAGAGUCGACUCCAGUGGCGAUGAAAAAUAAGCGAAAAAGUCUGUCAAGUGAGCAGCCGAUGUCAGCAAAGAAAUCCAAAUUGAAGCGUGCAUCAAUUUCGAAUGUGAAAAACAGAAGCGGUUUUAUCGAAGAGGACAUGUAAUCUAACGCAGAAAUACUGUUGAUAACUUUGAAGAAAUAAUAAAAACCAUCAAAACAUUUUACAAAAA